GGAAGGAACGGUUUGACGAAGAUGGCCGCGAAGCAAGAGGCCGGAAGUGCUGCUUUUGCCGGCGGUAGCUGCCCCGCCGAGUCCAUGGAGCCAGUCUUACCUAUGCUAUUGGUGCCGGUCCGCUCCGAGGCGAUCGAGCGGCUGGGAUCCCGAGCGCAGAUGCACAGAGAGCAGGAGGUUCUAGGGAGCUUGACGGCCGCGGGCAGCCUCCAAGUGCUUUCCUUGGCACCCGGCGGCCCGGGUGGGGGUGGCUGCUGCCUUAAGGGUCCUUUCGGCCAUUUUGUAUGGGAGGACUCUCAUAACRGCACUUCAACGGACAAACCCAAACUGCUCGCUUUUUGUGAAAAUUAUGAACUGUUAAUUUAUGAAUUUAACUUGAAAGAUGGAAGAUGUGAUGCAACCAUAUUGUACAACUGCAGUGGGAAGACACUGCAAAAGCUUAUUGAAGAGCAAGGUGUCAGUAUUUCCUUACUGUCUUUGAGGAUUCUCUCAUUUAACAAUAAUACAUCAUUAUUGUUCAUCAACAAAUGUAUCAUCCUCCAUAUCAUGUUUCCUGAAAGAGAUUCUGAAAUCAGAGUACUCAGCUGCUUCACAUUAUCCUUGCCUACACAGACAGUGGACACGAUUAUUGACAUGCAGCUCUGCAGAGGAGUUCUUUUUGUUUUGAGUAGUUUAGGCUGGAUCUAUAUUUUUGAUACUGUGAAUGGCAGAAAUGUAGCUCAUGUGGAAUUAGCACUUUACCAAGAAAAUGUAUACAAUAAGCAGCAACAGGAACCAGCCAAGAUUUCUUCUUUCACUUCACUGAAAGUAUCUCAGGAUCUAGAUGUUGUAGUGAUUGUCAGCUCUUCCAACUCUGCAAUUGCUGUUAACUUAAAUUUAUAUUUCAGGCAAUACCCAGGACACCUACUAUGCGAAAGAACACUAGAAGACCUUCCUAUUCAAGGACCUAAGGGGAUAGAUGAAGAUGAUCCUGUUAAUUCUGUCCAUAACAUGAAACUGACCAAGUUUUCCUUCCAGGUUGAUAGGUCUUGGAAUGCCCAGCUGUCGUCAUUGAAGGAAACAAUAAAGAGCUCCAAACCAGAGGUUUCCUGUUGUACUUCAUGGUUCCAGGAUAUUUUACAUUUGGAGUCCCCUGAAUCUGGUAACCAUAGUACUGAUGUGCCAAGCUGUGCUUUCCUUCCACGGGCAAUAAUGCAUGGCCAGUUUAAUUUUCCACAGAAAGCUCAUGUGAAGACCAGUGAUAGAGGAAAAGCUUGGAAGUUAAUGUACCUCAGUGAACAAGAGGAACCAGUGGAGCUCACAUGUAUGUCUGUGACAAGAUUCUCUGCACUGUUUACAUGGGUAGUGGGAAUGACAGGCUGCACCAUUGUCCUCUGGGAUUUGGAGACACAGGGCAUGCAGUGUUUUUCCCUUGGCCAGAAGUGUAUUCCUAUAGACAAUAGUGGAGACCAGCAACUGUGCCUUCUUUUGACAGAAAAUGGACUUUCUCUAAUUUUGUUUGGGUUGACUCAAGAAGAAUUUUUAAACAGACUAAUGAUCCAUGGAAGUGCCAGCACUGUGGACUCUCUUUGUCAUCUCAAUGGUUGGGGAAGGUGCUCAAUUCCUAUACAUGCACUGGAGGCUGGAAUAGAAAAUCGUCAGCUGGACACAGUAGAUUUCUUCUUGAAGAGCAAGGAAAAUCUUUUUACCCUGUCUUCAAAAUCUUCUGUACCUGAUCAGUUUGAUCACUUGCCAUCUCAUUUAUAUUUAAGAAAUGUGGAAGAGCUGAUACCAGCAUUGGACUUACUUUGCUCAGCAAUUAGAGAAAGUGAUUCUGAAACCCAAAGCAAACACUUUUCAGAGCAAUUGCUUAGUCUUACAUUGUCUUUCCUUAACAAACAGAUGAAGGAACUUUGUAUUCACACUGAAGAGAUAGAUGAACAUCUACAGAAAGCAGUGGAUAUUUUGACCAGCUACAUUAAUGAACUUAGAACUUUCAUGAUAAAGUUUCCUUGGAAGCCAACAGAUACUAUAGAUGAAUAUAAUGUCAGUGAAAGUGUCAGCACAGUGAAAGAGAGUGAUAUAUGGGAGAAACUCAGCUCUGAGGAAGUUAUUGCCAAUGCCAUUUUAAACAACAAAAUACCAGAGGCACAAACCUUCUUUAGGAGUAACAGUCAUUCUGCUCAAAAACUUGAGGAACUGAUUAGGAUAGGCCUAGGUUUGGUCUUUGACAAUUUAAAGAAGAACAAUAUAAAGGAAGCCUCUGAACUUCUGAAGAACAUGGGUUUUGAUGUAAAGGACCACUUGCUCAAGAUAUGCUUCUAUACAACAAAUAGAAAUAUACGGGAUUAUUUGGUUGAAAUUUUGAAAGAAAAAAAUUAUUUUUCUGAAAAAGAAAAAAGAACUAUAGAUUGUGUGCAUCAAGUUGAAAAAUUUUAUUCGGGACGUCUCCAAGGAAAUAUGCAGAUACAUUCCUUUCCCAGGUAUUGGAUAAAGGAACAAGAUUUUUUCAAGCACAAAUCUAUUUUGGACUCAUUCCUCCAAUAUGAUUGUAAAGAUGAAUUUAACAAACUGGACCAUACAAUUGCAUUAAAUUGGGCUCAGUGGUGGGAUCAACCAAUGCAAGAAUAUAUCCUUCUCCCCAGGAUAAGUCCAGAAGAAUAUAAACUGUAUUCCCCGGAAGCCCUGUGGAGAUACCUCACAGCUCACCAUGAUUGGUUAAACAUUGUCUUGUGGAUUGGAGAGUUUCAGACCCAGGAAGGUUACCUUUCACUUCAGCAGAGCAAAUGGCCCCCUCUGACUGUUGAUGUUAUUGAUCAGAAUACUUGCUGCAACAACUACAUGAGGAAUGAAGUUUUAGAUAAAUUGGCCAGGAAUGGAAUUUUUCUUGGGUCUGAACUAGAAGAUUUUGAACUCUUCCUUCUAAGACUCAACCGUAUUGGGGGUGUGAUGCAAGACACUCCCCCUGUCCAAAACUAUAGGACCAAAGAAGGUUGGGAUUUUCAUUCUCAUUUCAUUCUCUACUGCUUGGAACAUGGUCUACAGUAUCUUCUUUAUGUCUUUCUCGACUAUUACAAACUUAGUCCUGAAAAUUGUUCUUAUUUGGAAAAGAAAGAAUUAUAUGAAGCUCACCCUUGGUUUGAAUUUUUAGUUCAGUGUCGACAAGUUUCCAGUAAUUUAACAGAUCCCAAACUGAUCUUCCAGGCUAGCCUUGCAAAUGCUCAAAUUUUGAUUCCCACCAAUCGGGCAGGUGUAAGCAGUAUGCUAUUGGAAGGACAUACUCUCCUGGCCCUUGCUACUAUGAUGUAUGCUCCUGGGGGGGUCAGCCAGGUUGUUCAGAAAGAAGAAAAUGAAAACAGUUUGAAGAAAGUGGAUCCCCAGCUACUAAAGAUGGCCUUAACUCCUUAUCCAAAGCUAAAAACUGCUCUCUUCCCGCAAUGCAUUUCUCCUAGUGUCCUGCCAGCCGAUAUUACACUCUACCACCUCAUUCAGUCAUUGUCACCCUUUGAUCCUAGCAGAUUGUUUGGCUGGCAGUCUGCUAACACACUAGCCAUAGGAGAUGCAUCAAGUCAUCUCCCUCAUUUUUCUAGCCCUGACCUGGUGAAUAAAUAUGCUAUAGUGGAACAUCUGAAUUUUACUUACUACUUACUUCACGGACGCCCAUCUUUUGCAUUUGGUACCUUUCUGGUCCAAGAGUUAAUCAAGAGCAAGAAUCCCAAACAGCUGAUCCAGCAAGUAGGCAAGGAGGCCUAUGUCUUAGGGCUCUCGUCCUUCCACAUACCUUCAAUAGGAGCUGCCUGUGUGUGUUUCUUGGAAUUGCUUGGCCUUGACAGCCUCAAGCUCAGAGUUGAUAUGAAAGUAGCCAAUAUAAUUUUAAGCUACAAGUAUAGAAAUGAAGAUGCUCAGUACUGCUUUAUCAGAGAGUCUUUAGCUGAAAAACUAUCUAAACUGGCAGAUGAUGAAAAGGCCACCUUAGAAGAAUUGCUUGUUCUCUUAGAAGAAGGUACAUGGAAUAACAUUCAGCAGCAUGAAAUGAAGAGAUUAUCCAGUGAAUCUAGCAGCCAGUGGGCAUUAGUGAUACAAUUCUGCAGGCUCCAUAAUAUAAGACUGAGCACAUCUUACCUUCGAGAAUGUGCCCAAGCAAAUGAUUGGCUGCAGUUUAUUAUUCACAGCCAACUCCAUAACUUCAAACCAGAGGAGGUGAAGUCCCUUCUCCAGUACUUCAGCCCAAUUCUUCAAGACCACUUAAAGUUGGCUUUUGAGAACUUUCCAUCAGUGUCCAGUUCUAUAGUGGACAGUGAUCAAGUCUGCAACCAGUGCCCCCAGGAACUCCAGAAAAAUAAAGAAGAGAUGACUAAUUUCUUUGAAACUCUGCUCCAGUGCUCAGAGGAGCCAGAUUCCUGGCGCUGGCUCUUGGCUGAAGCAUUGAAACAGCAGGCUCCUAUCCUCAGUGUCCUAGCUUCAUGUAUUCAGGAUGCCAGUGCUAUUCCUUGUCUCUGUGUUUGGAUCAUUACUUCUGUGGAGGACAGUGUUGCAGCUGAAGCAGUGGGACACAUUCAGGGCUCAAUAGAGGACCAUACCUGGGACCUUGAGGACCUUUCCUUCAUCUGGAGAACAUUAUUAACAAGGCAGAAGAGCAAAAUUCUCAUCAGAGCUUUCCAGCUUUUCUUUAAGGACUCCCCAUUACUCCUGAUGAUGGAGAUGUAUGAACUAUGUUUGUUCUUCAAGAAUUAUAAGGAAGCCAAAGCUAAACUUUUGGAGUUCCAGAAGAACCUUGAAACUCUUYACACAAAGGCCCCUAGGGUCCCCCCUAUCAUCCCUGCCACAUGGCUGAAGGAUCAGGUGUGUUUCCUUUUGAAGCUUAUGCCACAGCAGUGUCAGACACAAUACGAGUUGGGGAAGCUCUUACAGCUGUUGGUUGGAGUACAGCAUCUCUUCUCUGAUGGUCCAGAUAUGAAGAAGCUGUGUGUCCUUAGCCAAAUUUUGAAGGAUACAUCCAUAGCCAUUAAUCAUGCAAUUAUUACCAGCUACAGCACUGAGAAUUUUCAGCAUGAAUGUAGAUCUAUUUUGGAAAGACUGCAGAUGGAUGGACAGUUUGCUUUGGCCAGGAAGGUAGCAGAAUUAGCUGAGUUACCUGUGGACAACUUGGUUAUUAAAGAGGUCACACAAGAAAUGCAGACACUAAAACACAUUGAACAGUGGUCCCUGAAACAAGCAAGAAUUGAUUUUUGGAAAAAAUGUCAUGAGAAUUUUAAGAAAAAUUCCAUUUCAAAUAAAGCAGCUUCUUCCUUUUUCUCUGACCAAGCCCUUGUGGCCUUUGAGCACCCAGUUGGACGAAGCAGUGUUGAGGAACGUCAUUUGCUGCUCACCCUGGCAGGACACUGGGUUGCCCAGGAGGACCCAGUGCCCUUGGACAAGCUGGAGGAACUGGAGAAGCAGAUUUGGAUCUGUCGCAUUACCCAGCACAACUUCACAGGGAAUCAGGAGGAAAUAGAGCCUAGAUUUUCUCAACAGAUCUCAACUAGUGGUGAACUUUCCUUUGAUAGCUUAGCCAGUGAGUUUUCCUUCUCCAAGGUGGCUGCUUUGAACACAUCAAAAUACUUAGAACUUAAUGGCCUUCCAUCCAGAGAGACAUGUGAGAAUAGAUUGAAUUGGAAGGAGCAGGAGUCACUAAACUUAUUGAUUGGGCACCUCCUGGAUAAUGGCUGUGUGCAUGAAGCAAGUAGAGUAUGCCGGUAUUUUCAUUUCUAUAACCAAGAUGUUGCCUUGGUAUUGCACUGCAGAGCACUGGCCUCAGGGGAAGCUGGUAUGGAUGACCUGCACCCUGAGAUCCAUGCUUUUCUACAAGGUGCUGAGCUGCCUACAGAAGAGGAGGAGCCUGGCAUUCCUCUAAGGAAAGUCCAAAGCACUUCAAGUUUGGAUAGUCAGUCAAUUGUGAUGGUGCCUUCAGGUGAUGAGGUGGUGACAAAUUUGGAAAUUCUGACAAGCAAGUGCCUCUAUGGGAAGAACUACUGCCGGCAGGUCCUCUGUCUGUAUGAACUUGCCAAGGAGUUGGGCUGUUCCUACACAGAAGUUGCUGCCCAAGAUGGUGAGGCCAUGCUCCGAGCAAUCUUGUCCUCUCAACAGCCUGACCGAUGUAAACGAGCCCAGGCCUUCAUCACCACCCAGGGCCUCAAGCCAAACACUGUGGCUGAACUCGUGGCUGAAGAGGUGACACGGGAGCUGCUGACCCCAUCAGAGGGAACAGGACAUAAGCAGAUGUUCAGCCCAGCAGAGGAAAGUCAGACAUUUCUUCAGCUGACCAUGCUGUGUCAAGACCGGACCUUGUUAGGCAUGAAGUUGUUGGAUAAGAUUUCCUCUGUUCCCCAUGGGGAACUGUCUUGCACCACAGAGCUCCUGAUCCUGGCCCAUCACUGCUUCAGCCUGACAUGUCACAUGGAAGGCAUCAUCCGAGUCCUACAGGCUGCCCGGAUGCUCACAGAUAACCACUUGGCUCCUAAUGAAGAGUAUGGACUGGUGGUACGUCUCCUCACUGGCAUUGGAAGGUACAAUGAGAUGACAUACAUAUUUGAUUUGCUGCAUAAAAAGCACUACUUCGAAGUGCUGAUGAGGAAGAAGCUAGAUCCGAGUGGUACCCUGAAGACAGCCCUGCUGGAUUAUAUCAAACGGUGCCGCCCUGGAGACAGUGAAAAGCACAACAUGAUAGCCCUGUGCUUUAGUAUGUGCCGAGAGAUCGGGGAGAACCAUGAGGCAGCUGCCUGCAUCCAACUGAAAUUGAUUGAUUCUCAGCCUUGGGAGGACAACCUCAAGGAUGGACUCCAGCUGAAGCAGCUAUUGCUGAAGGCCCUGACCCUGAUGCUAGAUGCAGCAGAGAGUUAUGCCAAGGACUCCUGUGUACGACAGGCCCUACACUGUCACCGCCUUACCAGGUUGAUAACCCUACAGAUUCACUUUCUGAACACUGGCCAGAACACAAUGCUUAUCAACUUAGGCCGCCAAAAGCUGAUGGACUGUAUCAUGGCCCUACCUCGGUUCUACCAGGCUUCUAUCGUGGCCGAGGCCUAUGACUUUGUUCCAGAUUGGGCAGAAAUUCUAUACCAACAAGUGAUUCUUAAAGGAGAUUUUACUUAUUUGGAAGAAUUUAAACAACAAAGGUUGUUAAGACCUAGUAUAAUUGAAGAAAUUUCAAAAAAAUAUAAACAACAUCAGCCUACCAACAAGGUCACAGAAAACUUGAAGAAGUUACUUUCAUACUGUGAAGAUAUCUACCUGUAUUACAAGUUGGCAUAUGAACACAAAUUUUAUGAAAUUAUAAAUGUACUUCUGAAGGACCCUCAAACAGGUUGCUGUCUAAAGGAUAUGCUUUCAGGUUAGAUGAUCUCAAAGGUGCCUGUUUUCUUGUACUGAUGUGAGGUUCUGACACAUGUUCAUGAUCAGAGUAGAAUAAUGCACUGGGGAUCUUUGUUGUCUGAAUUAGAAAAGCUCAGGACUGUACCAUAUCAGUCUUUGUAGGUGGUAGGUAAUGAAGGCGAGACUUUACCAGGAAAAUUUCUACUUUGAAGUUAUUGUUCAUCUAUCCCAUUUUAUAUGGAUACUGGUAUUYUUCUUCCUCAAGAUGGCUUCUGUAUUAGGAGGUGAUACAGUAAUGAUUAAAGAAUACCUAUGCCUGUAGAUUCCAGUUUCAAAUAUAUUUAAUAUUAUUUACACAAUUAAGGAACAGAUGAUACAUUUUCAUUUGUUAGAAACUGAUCUUUCUAUAAUAAAAUAGAUUUUAAAUUCA